CCCGCUCCGACGCGCUCCUCUCCAGAUACUCCGGGAGCUCCAGCCGCGCGGAUCGCGCGCCCCCACUGCUCUGCCCCCAAACUUCAGCUGCAGCUACAUUCAAGCCAUCUAAUUUAUUCCUCAGAAAUCAGAAACUGAGCCGCGACACGGGGAACGAGUCCGCGGAGGAGUAAAACAACAGCAGAGCACGAACUGCUCCAGAGAGCUGCCUCCCCGGAGCAAGAACUCGGCGGCGGGAGUGUAAGAACCAACAAGUGAGAAGGCGCCGCGUACCGGGGCGCAGCGGUGGGCGGCGGGAGCAGACGCAGGUGGAGGAAGCGAGCGCGCCCGAGCGCCGAGCCCAAGCCCCCAAGCCCGAGCCGCGGUCGCUGCGGCUGCUCUGCUCCGGAUCUUUCUGCGCGGGCUGCGCGGGGUGCUGGGCAAGAGGCUUCGUUUCUCCUUCACUGCAAGCGGCGGCUGGGAACAGCCGGUCCCCGGGGAAUAUGCGGCGCGCUUGGAUCCUGCUCACCUUGGGCUUGGUGGCCUGCGUGUCGGCGGAGUCGCGGGCAGAGCUGACAUCCGAUAAAGACAUGUACCUUGACAACAGCUCCAUUGAAGAAGCUUCCGGAGUGUAUCCUAUUGAUGACGACGACUAUGCGUCUGCGUCAGGCUCGGGAGCUGAUGAGGAUGGAGAGAGUCCAGAGCUGACCACAUUGCGACCACUUCCAAAGAUACCGUUCACUAGUGCUGCUCCGAGAGUGGAAACCACGACGCUGAACAAGCUCCAGAACAAGAUCCCUGCUCAGACGAAGUCACCUGAAGAGAUUGAUAAGGAAAAAGUUCACCUCUCUGACUCAGAAAGGAAAAUGGAGCCCGCUGAAGAGGAUACAAACGUGUACACUGAGAAGCACUCAGACAAUCUGUUUAAACGAACAGAAGUCCUGGCAGCUGUCAUUGCUGGUGGAGUUAUUGGCUUUCUCUUUGCCAUCUUCCUCAUCCUGCUGCUGGUGUAUCGCAUGAGAAAGAAGGAUGAAGGAAGUUAUGACCUCGGAGAACGCAAGCCAUCCAGUGCUGCUUAUCAGAAGGCGCCUACUAAGGAGUUUUAUGCGUGAAAACUCGUCUUAGUGUCUCUAUUUAUGAGAUCACUGAACUUUCAAAAAUAAAGCUUUUGCAUAGAAUAAUGAAGAUCUCUGUUUUUUGGUUCUUUUUUUUUUUUCAUUAAAGGGCCAGAAUGGCCUUUUUAUGAUAAAAGCCCAUUGUAUUUAAAACUUUUCAUGUAUUUCUUUAGAACAACAUAAAAUUAAAACUUAACAUCUGCAGUGUUCUGUGAAUAGCAGUGGCAAAAUAUAAAUGUUACAAAAACCCUUAAUGUUCAUGGAAUCGGUUUAAACUUUCAUGCGCAAAUAUGAAGAUUGUUUUUAUCCUAUGGUUCGAAGAUGAAAGCUGUUUAAUUUGUGUUAGCAUGUCUCCGAUUGACCUUACCAAGUUGGUCUUACUUUGUUAAUUUAUCUGUUUCCCUCUCCUCUGCUCUUCCCUCUUGUCCUCUUGAAAACAAAACAAAACUCUAUGCCUUUUGUAGCUGUUACGGUGCAAUUUGUCUUUGGAUAAUUCAGAUUAUGGUAAUUUAGUGUAUAUGUGAUUUUCAAAUAUGUAAACUUUAACCUCCACUUUGUAUAAAUUUUUAAGUGUCAGACUAUCCAUUUUACACUUGCUUUGUUUUUCGUCACCUGUAGCUUCAGGCAGAUUUGCAAUAGCAAAUUAACGUGUAAAAUUGGAUUAUCACCACAAAACUGUUUAGUCCUAUCUAUCUAAUCAGGUCUUCUUUUGGGAGGAUUUGAUGUGAGUUACUGACAAGCCUCAGCAAACCCAAAGAUGCUAACAGUAUUUUGAGAAGUUGCUGCAGAUUCCUUUGGCCACUGUAUUUGUUAAUUUCUUGCAAUUUGAAGGUACGAGUAGGGGUUUAAGGAAAAAAAUCAGUUUUUGUUCUUAAAAAUGCAUUUAAGUUGUAAACGUCUUUUUAAGCCUUUGAAGUGCCUAUGAUUCUAUGUAACUCGUCGCAGACUGGUGUUAAUGAGUAUAUAUAACAGUUAAAAAAAGUUGGUAUUUUAUAAGCACAGACAAUUCUAAUGGUAACUUUUGUAGUCUUACGAAUAGACGUAAAUUGUAAUUUGGGAACAUAAAAACUACUGAAUAAAUCAUGUGGCCUAAUGUUGAAAAUGUCACUGUUAUAAAUUUUGUACAUUUUCGAUCAAAUGUAUCUCUCCCCUCUGCUAACGACUGUCUGUGCUCAAGGAUGAUGUGGGUUUGAUUUCUGAGUGUUCCACGGUGUCUGUAAAUCGAAACCAAAGAGCUCGUUGACGAGGCUGUUUAUUACCAGAUCGGCUUCUGAACUGGCCAGAGGAAAUCUGAAUGUAUCAUCCUGUGUGUGUUUGGAUGUAGAUGUUGGAAGGCUGCCAGGGAGGGGAUUGUGGAUUUUGCAACCUUUAUAGGAUAGCUGAUGGCAAUAUUGAGAUGGAGGCCUGCUUUUGCAAAUAACUUUUAGGAAUAUAAAUUCCAAAGAACGAAAGGGGGCUUUCCUGACAUCAGUACCUAUGGCUUAGUCCUCCAGAUUGUUUUACUUUUCAGACUGUGCUCUCAGUCUCUCCUGAAACUCAGCCGAAAAGCUAAUAGAUGGAAUACCAUCUUCCACACUGCAGAGGAUGAGGAGGACAGGGAGGGUCUGUGCAUUGAAGGGAGAGCGUCACUGCUUACGAACGAAAUUGCCAGGGAGCAGUGAUGCCUGAGGGUGAGGUGGAAAUAAUGAGGGUACCCUGUCUGGGGACAUCCUUCUAACCGAACAUUUCCUUUUUUCUCUUUGACCACUAAUUUUAAACUGUGAGCCACCAAAGUAGGAAGAAGACAGCACAGACAGCAACCUUUCCAACACACGAUUUACUCUUACUGAAGUCUGUCUACUUCAUUCAGAGAACAUUCCCUGGGAUUGCCACAUGACUCAUUAAAAAAAUUUUUUUUUUAUACAUCACUCGGAACAGCGUUUACUUAAAUUUUUAAUGGCCUUAAUUCUCAGAUUUUUGUCCCGUCACUUAGAGCCAUCCAUCCAUUUUGGAGUGGUUACAAGGGAGUGGUGGUACCUUCUGAAACUGCACAACGUCCCUCAGGGACGGAGGUUAAGAAUGUAGGGGGUAUAGCUCUGACUGUGCGAAGCGUAGUGAAACUCGGUUCGUAGAAUAACAACUGCUUGGAAUAGCCAUGCCAGGAAAAGGAGAUUUCUGGCAAAUAUUUUGUCACUGCUGUAAAGCAAAAUAUUUGUUAAAGUGCCAAAAUAAAGUCUGUCAUGCUGAAAGUGAAAAAUCA